GCAAGAGACACUCCAUUACCUCCAUAGCAAAAUCCUUUUCUUGAAAACUUCGCACAAUUUUUGGCUUUUUUCCGUUCUACCCCGUCCAACUGAUUAACAAAUUAUGGAAGCAGUCGUCUCUAGCAUUGCUGAAGGGACCGUUGGGAGAUUGGGCUCUGAAGCUGUGCGAGAAAUUGCAUUGCUUUGGGGUGUAAAUGAAGAGCUUGCAGGACUUGAAGAGACCAUUUCAACCAUCAAAGCUGUGCUUGCUGAUGCAGAGAAGAAGCAGAUCCAUGACGAUCAGGUCAAAACAUGGCUUAGUAGACUUGAAGAUGUUGUCUAUGAAGCUGAUGACUUGGUGGAUGGAGUUUCAACUGAAGCUUUGCGACGCCAAGUGAUGACCAGCAAGACUAACAUACCCAAGCAGGUACGCACCUUCUUCUCGACCUCGAAUCAACUUGUGGUUCGACACAAGAUGAGUCACAAAAUAGAGUCUCUUAAGAAGAAACUAGCUGGGAUUAGAGAUGAUAGACAAUUCCAUUUGGAGGCCCACCAAGGAGAGGCUCAAGCAGUGUAUAAUAAAGCGGUGAGGGAUACUCACUCGUUUGUCUCUCAAGGAGAAGUUGUUAUUGGGAGGGAUGGUGAUAGAAUGAAUAUCCUUCAACUUUUGUUGUAUACGAAAUCUGACCAUGAGAAUGUAUCAGUUGUUAAUAUAGUGGGUCAUGGUGGACUAGGAAAAACCACACUUGCUCGACUUGUGUUCAAUGAUGAAAAAGUCGAAAAACAUUUUGAUCUCAAAAUGUGGGUGUGUGUCUCUGAUGCGGAUUUUGAUGUUGGAUUGCUUGUUCAGAAAAUUAUUAAAUCUAUAUCUAAUAAUGACAACGUUGAAAAUUGUGAGAUGGAGUUAUUGCAAAAGUCUCUUCGAGAAAAAAUAAGUGGAAAACGAUAUCUCCUUGUUCUUGAUGAUUUAUGGAAUGAGAAUCGCGAAUUAUGGUUGAAGUUGAAAGAUUUAUUGUUAAAUGGCAUAGAUGGGAGCAGAAUAAUUGUAACUACUCGCAGUAUGGUGGUUGCAAGGAUUACAAAGACCACAUUAGAACCAUAUCUCUUAGGAAAUCUUGAUGAUGAUGAGUCUUGGUCUUUGUUUAAGAAAAUGGCAUUUACGGAAGGACAAGAACCAAACAACUCCAACAUCAUCCAAAUUGGAAAGGAGAUUGUCAAAAAAUGCAAAGGAAUUCCUCUUGCCAUAAGAACCAUUGGAAGGAUGCUGUACUCUAAAGAUCGAGAAACCGAGUGGUUGUCCUUCCACAAAACUGAAUUUUCGAAGAUAUCUCAAGAUGAUAGUGAUAUUUUACCCACAUUAAAGCUUAGCUAUGAUUGUCUCACCUCCAAUUUGAAACAUUGUUUUUCCUAUUGUAGCUUGUUUCCUAAAGAUCAUGUCAUUGAUGUAGACGAUCUAAUAAAUCUUUGGAUGGCUCAAGGAUUUAUUAAGUUAUCUGAUGCAACUCAAUCUCUAGAGGAUAUGGGCCGUGAAUAUUUUAUGGAAUUAUAUUGGAGAUCGUUUUUUCAAGAUGUGGAAGAAGAUAAGUUUGGUAAUAUAUAUUGUUGUAAAAUGCACGAUCUCAUGCAUGAUUUGGCACUAAAUGUAGCUGGAGCAAAGUGUGCUAUGUUACCAUCAGACAAAAAAGAUAUUGACAGAAGAGCUCGUCAUUUGUCAUUCAAUUUUUCCUUAAAAUCAUCCCAACAGAUUCCAACUUCUCUGUCUCAAACACCAAAUAGGAUCCGAACAGUUCUUUUGCCUGGCCAACAAAGGGAAGGUUAUGCAUUGAGAGAAAGUUUGCAGUUAUGUGAUGCAUUUUUUUCAAAUUUCAAGUCCUUACGUGCUUUGGAUCUGCAUGGCUCUGGAUUAACGACAUUAUCAAAUUCCAUUGGAAAAUUGAGGCAUCUAAGAUAUCUCGAUCUUUCUGGUACAAAAAUCAAGGCAUUGCCUAAUUCCAUUACCAAGUUACAGAACUUGCAGACUCUGAAGCUGUCCAGGUUGGGUGAAUUCAAAGAAUUUCCAAGAGAUAUGAAAAAAUUAAUAAGUCUCAGGCACCUUGAGUUUGAUGGGGUUUGGGAUUUGAGACAUAUGCCAAGUGGACUGGGACAGUUGACUAAUCUUCAAACCUUAUCAUAUUUUGUGUUGAGUAAAGGGACAAACUUGAGGCAUGGUUGUGGUGAUCAUGUUGCUGAGCUAAAGGAACUAAUGCCUUUAAAUAGCUUAAGAAAUCUCUGCAUUAUAAAUUUGAGACACGGAAAAACAGAUGGUAAGGCAGCAAAUUUGAAGGCAAAACAAUAUCUUCAAUCCUUAAGAUUAUAUUGGUCUUCAUCAAAUGAUAGAAAAGAUCUUGGAGGCGCCAUCGAAAGUACUAGCACUGACGAGUAUGAAAUGACAUUGGAGAGCUUCCAGCCAGUCCCAAAUCUGAAACGCUUGGAGUUACGUGGUUACGGGGGUGUGAGGUUGUCAAGUUGGGUUCCCUCUCUUAAACAGCUAGUAAGCUUUACUUUGUCAAACUGUAUCAAAUGCCAAACUCUGCCACCAUUGGAUCAGUUCCCUUCUCUCAAGGAACUUUGUUUGUCUAACAUGCCUCUUAUAGAAUAUAUUUCAGAUGACUUCUUCACUCCAUCAAAAGCGGCAUCAUUGAUGCCAUCCUUGGAAAUUCUGUUUCUUGAAGGUUUGUCUAAUCUUAAAGGAUGGUGGAGAGAUACUGUGACAGAUGGUACUUCUGAAAGUACAACAAUGCCAUCAUCAUCCAUGUUCCUUUACUUUCCUCGUCUUUCUGAUUCACAUAUUCAGGGUUGCCCCAAAUUGAAGUUCUUGCCCUUCUCCCCAUCUAUCGCACACCUAACACUAGAAAGUUCAACUUGGAUGCCAUUCCAUCGAACAAUGAUGAGCAUUACAACAGAAGAAACAUCAUCAUCAUCAUCGACUCCUUCAUCUACACAUCUUAUGGCUUCCUCUUUCUCUCAUUUGGUGUCCACUUUGAAAGAUCUGUGGCUAUGUAAUAUCAAAGAUGAUCUACACUCUCUUCCCAAUUGGUUCAAAAGCCUUACAUCUCUAGAGAGCCUGAGCUUUGAUGGGUGCUCAAAGUUAAAGCAUCUAUCCCCCAUCAUUCAACAUCUAGUCUCACUUCGAAAUUUGGGUAUUAUGGGAUGCAAUGAGCUUGACAUGUCCAGUGCUGAAGUGAUUUCAUGGAAAGCCUGUACAAGCCUUGUGUGUCUCUCAUUCAUGGAUCUUCCACGACUGGAGACUCCUCCUGAAGGGCUUCAAUACUUUACUACCUUACGGGGACUUGAAUUUUUUAAGUGUAAGAAUUUGAAGGCCAUACCCGAGUGGUUUAGCAACCUCACAUCACUUAUAGAGUUUGUCCUAAUCAGUUGCCCCAGUUUGACAUCAUUGCCUGAAGGAUUACGCAGUAUCACCUCUUUACAAACAUUGAGGAUUUUGGGAUGUCCCAUCUUAUUGCGGAGAUGUAAAAGGGAAAAAGGAGAGGAUUGGCCUAAAAUUGCUCACAUUCCUCGUUUGAAUUUGGGGGCCCCUGAUGAUUCGGAAUCCCCUUCUUUCUCAGAUACAUUAUACAUAACUCAAUUACUCGGUUGCCAUAUGCUGUAGGGUAAUUUUGGGCCCACCAAAAGCCUACCACAGCAAAUACAAAUCCAACACACCAGUCCAAAUCCAUAUUCACAUUUCCCAAACCUAUCACAUGAGAGCAGCUAGGAAGAACCAGAAGCGUUUUGCAUACAGAAGGGGAAGAAGUAAGUGGCAACCCUUCAAAACAAAGGACACAGGUGGGAACAAGCGGGGAAAUCAAGGACUAUGCGUACUGAAGAAGAAAAAGCGCGGGCAAGUCUAUAGGCACUCAGAAGGAUUGGGAUUGUUCCAAGUCACUGACCAUCUGGUAUUAGACAAAGGGGUGUGGGGCGGCUAGGAGAGAACAUUUAGAAAAGCAAUACGGCGUCGUUUUCCACCAGUUGGUUUUAGAAGCCAAAUCUUGAAACGAUGUCGUAUGACUUUGCCAUUUGUAUUAAAAGCUAGUCCAGUUAAUUGUUUUGUCUGAUAGUUAGAAUUGUUAAACGCUGCGUUUUAGUCUUUUAGCUUUUAUCAAAGGAGCUUCUUGAUCUUCUUGUUAAUUUUCCAUUUGUCUCAAACGGAUGGCCAUUGUUGUAUUAAUUUCUAAGCGUGAGAAUAUUAUUGAUCAACUAGCUCCAGAACCGUUUAGAGUAUUCUCUCUGUUCCUUUUGAGAGCUUGGAUUCAUUCUAUACAGACUAUUGCGGCGUCAUGAGAUUAGAGUUACAAUGAUGCUGCAAAAUCCUCAACCCUGUACGGUAUUAUUAAUUUGCACAAAUUGUACUACUUUGUUUUUGUGAAUAUGGAAAACUAGUUGAUGAGUA